CAGACCCCUGCCUGGGACCUCGAGGGCAGUCGGAGCCCCGAAGGCGCUGUUCUCCAGGAGGAUGAGGACUCUGAACACCUCCACCAUGGCCGGCGCCCCGGGGCUGGCGGGGAAGAGGGACUUCUCGGUCCGCAUCCUCACAGCCUGCUUCCUGUCGCUGCUGAUCCUGUCCACCCUCCUGGGGAACACGCUGGUCUGUGCUGCCGUCAUCAGGUUCCGACACCUGCGGUCGAAGGUGACCAACUUCUUCGUCAUCUCCCUGGCUGUGUCAGACCUCUUGGUGGCCGUCCUGGUCAUGCCCUGGAAGGCGGUGGCCGAGAUCGCCGGCUUCUGGCCUUUCGGGUCCUUCUGUGACAUCUGGGUGGCCUUUGACAUCAUGUGCUCCACCGCCUCGAUCCUCAACCUCUGUGUGAUCAGCGUGGACAGGUACUGGGCCAUCUCCAGCCCCUUCCGGUACGAGAGGAAGAUGACCCCCAAGGCAGCCUCCACCCUGAUCGGCGUGGCGUGGACCCUGUCCGUGCUCAUCUCGUUCAUUCCCGUGCAGCUCAGCUGGCACAAGGCGAAGCCCCCGGGCCCCUCGGCCGGGAACGCCACGUCCCUGGGCGAGCCCAUCGACAACUGCGACUCCAGCCUGAGCAGGACCUAUGCCAUCUCAUCCUCCGUCGUCAGCUUUUACAUCCCCGUGGCCAUCAUGAUUGUCACUUACACCAGGAUCUACCGGAUUGCCCAGAAGCAGAUACGGCGCAUCUCGGCCUUGGAGAGGGCGGCGGUCCACGCCAAGAACUGCCAGACCACCACGGGCAAUGGGAAGCCGGUCGAGUGUCCUCAGCCGGAGAGUUCUUUUAAGAUGUCCUUCAAAAGGGAGACCAAAGUUCUGAAGACCCUGUCGGUGAUCAUGGGGGUGUUUGUCUGCUGCUGGCUCCCCUUCUUCAUCUUGAACUGCAUCCUGCCCUUCUGUGGGUCUGGGGAGACCCAGCCUUUCUGCAUCGAUUCCAUCACCUUUGACGUGUUUGUGUGGUUUGGGUGGGCUAAUUCCUCCCUGAACCCCAUCAUUUAUGCCUUUAAUGCUGAUUUUCGGAAGGCAUUUUCCACCCUCCUUGGAUGCUACAGACUCUGCCCCGCGACCAGUAAUGCCAUCGAGACAGUGAGCAUUAAUAACAACGGGGCCGUGAUGUUUUCCAGCCAUCAUGAGCCACGAGGCUCCAUCUCCAAGGAGUGUAAUCUGGUUUACCUGAUCCCGCAUGCCGUGGGCUCCUCCAGUGACCUGAAGAAGGAGGAGGCGGGGGGAAUAGCCAAGCCUUUGGAGAAGCUGUCCCCGGCCCUGUCGGUCAUCUUGGACUAUGACACCGACGUCUCUCUGGAGAAGAUCCAACCCAUCACACAAAAUGGACAGCACCCAACCUCAACUCCUGGGUGAACCCUGCCACGCAUGCUCAUCCCGAAAGCUAGAGGCGAUUUCUCUGGGGCUUGCUGUUGGGAAACUAAGGUAGGGUGAGACUCGGAGGUGUCAGGAGAGCCCUCUGCUGCUUUCCAACACACGACAAACUCUCUUUUCAAAUACAUUCCGGUGUGUUUUCUGUGUUGUUCAUAGUCAAUCCAACAGGAACACUACAAACAUGGAAGGCUACAAAAGUGUUUUUAGAAACUUAUCCUUAUCUUAGGACUCAAAAAGUAGGGCAAGGAAUCAACGACGGACAGUUUCACUUAACAAUCCAACCUUUCUGGGAAGGAAACAAGAAGGGGUGAGUUUGCAGUAAUACAAACAGGUGCUAACACUGUUCCAGGCAAAGUUUUCAGAUUGUAAAAGGUAGGUGCAUGCCUUCAUGACUCAUUUCUGAAAGAUAAUCGAGGCUUACAUUAGGAAUGGGAAUUUUUUCUUCUUCUGGAAUUGAGAGAUGCUCUGUUGAUACCGGUUUUAUUUAUUUAUUGUAUUAUAUGGAUAUUUUUAAUUUAUUAUAAUAAAUCUAUAUUUAUCAUAUUUAAUAGGAUACACUGUUGAGUUAUCUGAGACCUUCCAACCACGUUUUUGUUCAUUUAACUAGCACUUUAUAAGCCAAUGAAACGAACAUAGACUCUGUGAGAUUCUAAACGCUCUUGUGUAACUUUUGGAGACACAGCAAAGACGGAUAGGAAAAAACGUUAUGGCCACGAAUAAAUAUGAAGUGAGCAUUGACAAGUGCUGUGAAGGCUUUCCUUUUUUCCUGAAAAGAUUUUGAAAAACCUUUUUAAAAGCCUAGUUACCAUUGUGUUCAACAUUUUUUCUUUUAAAUGACAAAGACUUUCCCCCGGGGCCUUUGCAGUUCUGUAAAUAUCUGAACUAAAAACCAAUUUCAGAGAAACCCAACUUUAAAUUUAUGAUCUUAGGUGGUAAUAAAAAGUAUAUGCUGCUUUGUACUUAUGUAAAAUAAUUGGCCUCUCUGUUUUUUCUCAUUUCGUGUGUCAGAUAGCUUUUCUGAACCAAACAAAUGACUUUCCUGGAUAGAGAGGUAUAGUGCAGAUGGUGGUUCACGGCAGCCCCACUGUUGGACAAAAGCAAACCCUGCGUCUUCAUCUUGUCAGAUCAAACUAAGCCACUCAGCAGGGCUACUUUUUGCAGCACUUUAAUCUGAACUUAGAACUGCUUUAAAAAAAAAGAGUCUUUAAGUGUUAAUGGUAUACUAACGCGUAGUGCCUCAUUAUCGUACUAAGACACUUCUAUGGGUGGAAGAAACAGGAGAACCCUUCUCUUUGGGUGUGUUAAGUACCCCAAAGCCAUCAGCAAAUACUUUGUGCUUUGGAAUCAAGUUUCCAUGUCAUCGCCCGGACUGUAAAAAGUACCAUAAGCCUCCCUUGCCAGAUGCGAACUCGUGUGAGGCAUUUCAGCAGUUUCUUUGAAAUGUUUACAAAGUAUUUUUCUUGAUAAGCAAUUUACUGAACAUUUAGAUGAAAUUGGUGAAAAGAACAAAAAAAUCUACAGAAAAAUAUCUCCUGCAUCAGGUCUGUGUUCUUUAUGUAUUGUGAAUGUUUUCUUAAUUUUAUUGGCUGUAUGCUUUCUUACAUAUAAUAAAAAUAUUUUGUGAACUCAAAUCAA